CUGCUGCUGCGGCGGCUGACGGCACCGCGACAAUGAAAGGCGCGCUGGCCAGCCCCGUGGCCGCCGCCACAACUAUGCAGGAGAGCUUUGGCUGUGCCGUCGCCAACCGCUUCCACCAGCUGCUCGAUGAUGAAUCCGACCCUUUCGACAUCCUCCGCGAGGCAGAGCAGCGCAAACAACAGAGCAAGAAGCGCGAAGAAGCGGCUUUUUCAGCCGGCAGAAAACCUGGCCCCGGAGCUGCCGCCGCCGCUGUCAAAAGAGAAUCCCAGAAGGAGCGGAAAGGGUCCCCGUUCUUGCAAUCGGAGAGCCCCCCAGCACCCGGUCAAAAGCGAGCUCCAAAAAGAGGAGAACAACAGGGUUGGAAUGAAAACCGUGGUACGGAGAUAAAACAAGAUAAAGCUGAAUGGAAACCUUUCAAAGAAUACUGUCCUCAUGAAAUGGAAAGACAAGCAGAGUUUACACUAGAAAGACCGAUAGAGCGUUUUGAUCGGGAAAGGCCACUGAGAGGCCGUGGGGGAGGAAGAGGUGGACUGCAGGGUAGAGGCAGAGGUGGUGGUAUGAACAGGACCUUCAAUGGCUUUGAUCAAAGAGGGAAGCGGGAAUUUGACCGGCAGAGCGGGAGUGACAAAACAGGAGUCCGUGCAGAAGACAAAAGGGGUGGAAGUGGACCACGUAACUGGGGAACUGCUAAGGAUGAUAUGAGUGAGCUGGAACAGACUCCUAUGGAAGAGACUGCAGAAACAGAAGAGAGCCCAGGAGCCCCUGAUGGAGAGCCUCCAAAGAAAAUUGCUGAAGGAGAGCCAGUGGAAGAAGUAGUUCAAGAGAUGACAUUGGAUGAAUGGAAAAAUCUUCAGGAACAGAAUCGUCCAAAGCCCGAAUUCAACAUCCGGAAGCCCGAAACCGCUGUUCCUUCCAAAGCAGUGGUAAUUCACAAGUCAAAAUAUAGAGAUGAUGUCCUGAAGGAAGAUUUUGAGGAUGAUUCUCACUUUUCCCGAAAAGCAGCAAAUGAUAUCACUUCUCAACUGGACAUUAACUUUGGGAAUCUGCCUCGUCCUGGAAGAGGAGCCAGAGGGGCACGAGGAAGUCGCGGGCGUGUCCGAAGAGUUGACAACUCAUGGCCAAGGCAGGGAGUGAUGAUCCAUGUUGCUGCUCCAAACCCAGAUGAUCCUGAGGAUUUUCCUGCUUUGUCUUGACAACCUCCAAAAAUAGCUGUGGAAAUAUUAUGUUGCUGUAGAAGAGAACCAUCCAAGUCUACAGAGAGAAACGACUUGUGUGUGUGUGAAUUUUGCACUACUAUAUGUUAAGACAUACCCAGUGGGUUUGGAGGCAAGUUCCAGUAACUCUGGUUUUGGAUUAGUUGUAUGAAGGCUUAUGGUAUCAUACAUGAGGAAUUUCAAAUAAAAAUUCAGGAUGAUGGUGUCAAACAGGUA